AUAUUGUCAGAUACUUUUAUUUGUUCUAGUGAAUGAGUAUGAUUUUAUAGGAACUAAUUUUUAUUUUAUUCUCUCUGCAGCUAUUGAAAUAUUUGAAGAAACUCUCCACCUUACCUAUUACUGUAGACAUUCUCGCGGAGACCGGGGUUGGGAAAACAGUAAAUAGCUUACGAAAACACGAGCACGUUGGAAACUUUGCCAGGGACCUGGUGGCCCAGUGGAAGAAGCUGGUUCCUGUGGAACGAAACACUGAGCCCGAUGAACAUGACUUUGAGAAGAACAGUUCCCGAAAGCGCCCCCGGGAUGCGCUUCAGAAGGAGGAGGAGAUAGAGGGGGACUACCACGAAAACUGGAAAGCCUCCAGUAGCCGACCAUAUAGUCCUGAUCACAGACAGAAAAAACACAGAAAACUCUCAGAGCUCGAGAGACCUCACAAAGCAUCUCACGGUCAGGAGAGGAGAGACGAGAGAAAGAGGGGCCACAGGGUUUCACCGAUUUACUCUUCAGAUCACGAAUCUUCCGAUUACGGCCAUGUUCAGUCCCCUCCAUCCUCUACCAGUCCUCAUCAGAUGUCUGUGGACCAUUAUAGAUCCCUGGAGGAGGACCACGAGCCCUUCGCUUCACAGCAGAAGCCUGGAAAAGGCCACAGUAAUGCCUUUCAGGACAGACUGGGGGUCAGUCAGGAACGACACCUGGGUGAACCCCAGGGGAAAGGGGUUGUGAGUCAGAACAAGGAGCACAAAUAUUCCCAUAAAGAAAAACGCCCAGUGGAGUCCCGGGGAGAUGAGAAGUCAUCCCUGAGCAGAGAGAAACCCCAUAAGGCCAUCUCCAAAGAGGAAAACCGGAGGCCCCUCUCUGGGGAUGGCACAAAGGAGAAACUGCCCUCUAGUGGUGUCAAGAAAGAGAAGGAAAGAGAGGGCAGCACCAAGAAGUUUUUAUCCACCUUGGAGAUUGCUUCGGACAACCACCUCAAAAAGCAAAAGCACAAAAACUCAGAGAAAACCAAAUCAGACAAAAACAAGCAAAGUCUAGACAGCUUAGACAUAGGAAAGGGGGCAGGGGACCUGCUGCCCAAGACAAAAGAGAAGGUUUCUAACAACCUAAAGACUCGGGAAGGGAAAGGGAAAACUCCUCAUUCAGAUAGAAAGUCAGUGGGCUCCCUCCCAAAAGUUGAGGAGACGGAUAUGGAUGAUGAAUUCGAGCAGCCCACCAUGUCUUUUGAGUCAUACCUCAGCUAUGAUCAGCCCCGGAAGAAAAAGAAAAAGAUUGUUAAAACAGCCACAACCGUUGGAGAAAAAGGACUUAAAAAAAAUGAUUCGAAAAGCACUAGUAAAAACUUGGACUCAGUUCAGAAAUUACCUAAGGUGAACGAAAACAAGUCAGAGAAGCUUCAGCUCACUGGAGCUGAUUCAGCCAAGCCGAGAAAGGUCCCCGCUGAUGCAUUGCCAGUGUUGCCAGACAUCCCAUUACCUAUGAUACAGGCCAAUUACCGGCCACUUCCUUCCCUCGAAUUGAUAUCCUCCUUCCAACCAAAGAGAAAAGCACACUCUUCACCCCAGGAAGAGGAAGAAGCUGGAUUCACGGGACGAAGAAUGAAUUCUAAGAUGCAGGUGUAUUCUGGUUCCAAGUGUGCCUAUCUCCCCAAAAUGAUGACCUUGCACCAGCAGUGCAUCCGGGUACUUAAAAACAACAUCGACUCAAUCUUUGAAGUGGGAGGUGUCCCUUAUUCUGUUCUUGAACCUGUUUUGGAGAGGUGUACUCCUGAACAGCUGUAUCGUAUAGAGGAAUACAACCACGUAUUAAUUGAAGAAACAGAUCAAUUGUGGAAAGUUCAUUGUCACCGAGACUUUAAGGAAGAAAGGCCAGAAGAGUAUGAGUCAUGGCGGGAGAUGUACCUUCGGCUUCAGGAUGCCCGAGAGCAGCGGCUACGAGUACUGACAAAGAAUAUCCGAUCUGCACAUGCCAAUAAGCCCAAAGGCCGACAAGCAAAGAUGGCCUUUGUCAACUCGGUGGCCAAGCCACCUCGUGAUGUUCGAAGGAGGCAGGAGAAGUUUGGAACAGGAGGAGCAGCUGUGUCCGAGAAAAUCAAGAUUAAGCCAGCCCCAUACUCCACAGGAAGCAGCCAUGCUCCCUCCAGCAGUGGCAGCAGCAAUAGCUUUAAUGCCAGCCCCGAGGAGCUGGCAUAUGAUGGCCCGAGCACCAGCAGUGCCCACUUGGCGCCUGUGGUCAGCAGCACUGUUUCCUAUGAUCCUAGGAAGCCAACUGUGAAGAAAAUUGCCCCAAUGAUGGCUAAGACAAUUAAAGCUUUUAAGAACAGAUUCUCGCGACGGUAAACUGAGGACUUGCCUUGGAGAUGGAAUUUGGGGGUGAGGAAUACAAAGACAGUGGGGGUUGGGGAAUGGAACUUCCAAAGGAGACGGGAGUCUUUUGCUCUGUGGAAGCUUUGGUCUCCGAAUCCUGCACGGUUUGCAGGUGUUGCACCUGUGAGCCUCUGUGCCGCAGCCACUGCCUCCCUGCCUGGAGAACACUUCAGAAUUCUGAAGAAGAUGUGAAGCCUCAGUCUCACUGAGGAUUUUAAGGUCAAUUAUACUUUUGUUGUUAAUUAGCUUCUUUGUAAACUAUAAGACAUAGUUUUAAUUAAUAAAUAUUGCCCCCAGAUUGUAUUUAUAUUA